GCAGAAUCCAAGACUCAGUCUUUCUCUCUGUUUCUACUUCCUUCAUCCAUUCUUCUAUCUAGAUGCGACUCAAUGGAUUGGGCGUUCGUGCAUAAAACAUGGGAUAAGUGGGCUUCUACCAACGUUGGGUAUUCUGGUCAUCCGUUAAAAGCUGCUUUGCUAAUCAACCAUGACCCCACUGGACCAUCUCGAUUGUUAUCUACCAUUGCUGCACAAGAAGGAAUAAAAGCUAAUCCCAUUGAAUUGAGUAACUUUAUGGACUUCAUCAAACAAAAUAAGCUCCAUACAGAGCUCUUCGUUAUUGGAUCCAAUCAGUACUUGGUCACAACAAUUCAUGAGAACUGGUUUAGUGCAAGGUGUAUAAACACGUCAAAGCCCGCUGGUGAAGGUGUUAUUGUUAUACAAACAGCAGCAUACAUCUUGGUUGCUCUGUAUGAAGGUUCCAUCGGUCCAGCAUCUCGUGCUAUGGCAGCUGCUGAUCAGUUAACUUGGCAAUUAGGACGAAAAAAUCUUUAAACUGGUCCUGCAGAUCUGUAGCAUCCACUAACCACAAGGCUAAUCUUUUCUGUUUUCACUCCAAUUUUUUCUCAGAUGAUUGCACCCAUGUAUCUUGGUGAUGAAGCCAUUGCCAUUACACAACCACAUAGAUGACAGUGUACGAGAGAGGUCUUAACCCUUGUUGUGUAUUAUUGGUUCAUCUCAACCAUUAAUAUUAAAUUAAGAACAACGAAUAUUCAUGUUUUAUAUAGGCUUGAACAAAAUUAUUUUAAAUAUCAAAUGAUUGCUAUAGUUGAUUUCA